AUGAACAAAUCAAUUUUAUUAUUAGUUUUAGUAAUUGUAUCAAUUAUUGGUUCAAUUGACUCAAAGAAAGUAUUCAAUGUUCGUACUGAUUUAAAAAAUCAAUUAAAAUUUAGACAUUUUGAUGAUAGUUUAGAUUAUGAUGCAAUCAAUUAUCAAUGGUUCACUCAAAGUGUUGAUCAUUUUAAUCCAGCAAACCCAACAACUUUCCAACAAAGAUAUUUAAUUAAUGACCAAUAUUGGGAUGGUACAGGUCCAGUUUUUAUCAUGAUUAAUGGUGAAGGUCCAAUGGAUAUUAAUACUGUAACCCAACUUCAAUUUGUUGUUUGGGCUAAACAAGUUAGUGCACUUGUUGUUUCUCUUGAACAUCGUUAUUAUGGUGCUAGUUUUGUAACUGAAGACCUUUCACUUGAAAAUUUACAAUGGUUAAAUUCAGCACAAGCAUUAGCAGAUAAUGCAGUUUUUAGAAAUUUUGUAGCACAACAAUAUAAUGUACCAAAAGAAUCAAAAUGGAUUUCAUUUGGUGGUAGUUAUUCAGGAGCAUUAACUUCAUGGUUUAGAAUUAAAUAUCCACAUUUAGUUGAUGCCACCAUUGCAUCAAGUGCACCAGUUAACCCAGAAGUUAACUUUUAUCAAUAUUUGGAGACAGUUCAAACUGCAUUAUUAGCAUCAAAGUCAAAUGGUAAUUUAUGUGUUGAAAACAUUAACAUUGCAACUCAAAAGAUUCAAGCACUCCUCAGUCAAGAUAACUAUGGUGGUGUUGAUCAAAUGUUUAACCUUUGUACACCACUUGGUAAUCAAAAUGAUGUUGCCACUUUUAUGCAAUCACUUGCAGGUAAUUUCAUGGGUGUAGUUCAAUAUAACGAUGAAGAACCAGGUCAAAUCGAUAUCGAUUACCUUUGCAAUAUCAUGACUAAUCAAUCAUCAGAUCCAUUGACAAACUAUAUCCAAAUUUGGGAUCAAUAUGCUGAUGGUGAAUGUGUUGAUGUUUCAUAUGCUUCAAUGAUCGCUCAAAAUCAAAAUGUUACCAAUGAUGAAAAUGCCAUUGGUGGUAGAAUGUGGUUCUAUCAAACUUGUGUUGAAUUUGGUUAUUAUCAAUCAAGUGAUGCUCCAUCUGCAAAUCAACCAUUUGGUAAUUUAUUCCCAUUCCAACCAUAUCAAAUUCAACAAUGUGCCGAUAGUUUUGGUAUUCCAAAUAUGUAUCCAAACGUUAAUUGGACAAUCACUGAAUAUGGUGGUAUUAAUCCAGAACCAUCCUCUGUUGAUAAUACCUUAUAUGUAAAUGGUUCAAAUGAUGAAUGGCACAAUCUUGCAAUCUUACCAGGUAAUGCAAAUGCUAAAAAUACUUUAUACAUUAUUGGUACAAGUCAUUGUGCUGAUAUGAUGAUUCCAACUUCAGUAUCACCUCCAACUCUUGCUCAAGCACAACAAAUUAUUUUUGAAUUCAUCCAAGCUAAUAUUUAA